ACUUUCGGACAGCUCAGAGAUAUCACUACAGACACAUUCCAAGAACAGGAUGAGGGCUUCCGCAUGGUAGCGCUGCCGCAUGUUGCAAAUUUUCCAUUUUUAAAAGAAAGUAUUCAGACAAAGAAAGAUUCGGAGUGAAAAAAAGAAAAAAAUUCUCACCUUGGUUGAGUUCCAGCAACUUCAUCAUCCUCUGUGAGUGUCUGCAAAUGUUCAAGUUCCUUUUUUGCACUUCCACUUGCACCACCCACUUUACUCUCUGAACCCCAAAGGAUAUAGUUGAAGUAUAUACUGCUAAUAUGAAGGAUUGUUGGUUUUUGGACAACAAUUUGAAUGGGGUAUCGGAUGAAGUUUUUGAUGUGGUGGGGUUUUUUGAUUUCCCAAUAGAAGAUGUGGAAGAUGAUGCUGUGGAGGAGGAUUGGGGUGCUCAGUUUAAACAACUUGAAGAGCCAUCUCUUGGUGUGUUUUCGGUAUCACCAUCCGGGCUGAGUGAUAAAACUAAGAAUGAGAAUCCGAAACUUGGGAGGAGUAUCUCUACUCCUGUGGCCGAUCCAGCUCGGCCUACAUAUGGCAAUACUAUUCGGAACCAGAAUGUCUCUUUUAAUGGGAAAAGGGUGCCCAAGUUCCAAACCUACAGCCCUGUGUCUGUCUUUGAAAGCAGUAGUUCCUCCUCGGUCGAGAACUCUAACUUUGAUCUACCUGUCAUCCCGGUAAAGCGUCCUCGAGGCAAACGCCGGCCUCUCUCAAGCUUCAGCUUGCUAUUAUCUGUUCCAUUCGUCUCUAACUCCCCAAAAGGUGAGGCAAAUGAUUUCUCUGGAUCAAAUUUACAAACACAAGCUGAUGGUAAAUUAAUAAGCAGUCUCAAAAAGAAGCAGAGGAGUAAGGAUCUACCUUUGCUUUCAGAUCAUACUGAGAAGAAGGGAUAUGCAUUGCAAGGGUCAGUUACCCACCGAAAAUGCAUGCAUUGUGAGGUGACAUCUACGCCGCAGUGGAGAGAAGGACCCAUGGGUCCAAAGACACUUUGCAAUGCUUGUGGGGUUCGGUAUAGGUCCGGCCGGCUCUUCCCUGAAUACCGGCCUGCAGCUAGCCCUACGUUUGUACCAUCAUUGCACUCGAACUCUCACAGGAAGGUCAUCGAAAUGAGGAGCCGAACUGCGACAGAGACUCUUAAGGGUUCUUCUAUGUUGGACAAAGUGUUGUGAGAUUUAAGAGGGAGAGAAUAGAAUGAAGGCGGUGUUUGAGUACAUUUCGCCGGCGGAGGAGGCGAAGCCGGCGAACCAGUCAAGCAUAGUUCUAAGUACGGAUCAAGUAACAGCAGGUGAAGCAAUGAGGUGAAAUUGGAUUAGUGGAUAAAGAAUCCUUGAAAUUGAAUGCUGCAAGUUCAAGGACAUGAAGAACUCAGAUCAAGUGUGUAGAAAGGACAACAUGCAUAGUUUUUUGACCUGUAGUCCUGAAUGGUGCCUCUACUUUUACAGCUUCAUUUUCAGUAUAUUAUGUUAUGUCCAUUUUAGAUCCAUGUGAGGUGAAAGAUUAACAUGUUUUGUAUUCUUGGUAGUAAUUUCUUCAUGAGAGUUGGAAUUUUGC